GGCGGGGUGGGAGGCCGCGCGCCGAGGGAGGUUCCGCGGGGUCGGCCGGGCGCUCGGGGUCUCUGGGGCUGGGGCCGGGCCCUGGGCAGGGGCCGGGCGGGAGCGCGAAGGGCCAUGGCCGAGCCGGCUUCGGUAAGGAUGACAUUUGAUGAUGUGGCCUUGUAUUUUUCGGAGCAAGAGUGGGAGAUCCUGGAGAAGUGGCAGAAGGAAAUGUAUCAGCAAGUGAUGAAGAGCAAUUAUGAGACUCUUGAUUCCCUGGGUGGCGUUUUUUCCAAGCCAGAUUUGAUCUCCUGGAUAGAACAAGGGAGAAUGCUGUUAAUCAGAGACCAGGGACCCUUGGAGAAAAACAUGACACUUAGCCCUUCUACUGAUGAGCAGUGGGACUUGCAGAAGACUGGAAAGUUGGCGUAUUUUGGUGACCAAGGAACUCUCAGGGCAAAAGAGGAGGAAGGCCAUUUAAAUGGUCUCCUAAAGCAGGGUUCAUGUGCUACCUUACCAGGGGAGGAAAGAAAGAUCUUAUCAGAUCAAAGAGCCGCCUUACAGCAUCCAAGUCUCCAAGAAAUAGGGAUUGUACAUAAAAACCUCGACCUUAGAGCAUCUAAUCAGGAUAAGAGCAAUCCAUGGCAUAAGCUGGUAGAUACUCCAGGUCACUUGGAAAUUCCACCAGGACCAAGAUUUUAUUCCUGCUUUGUCUGUGGGAAGGUCUUUCAGCUAAAAAGGGACUUGGUAAAGCACAAAAGAAACCACGCUAAGAGCCAGCCCUGUAAAUAUUCAAAGCACAAAAACAAAUCCAGAGGGAACCCUGAACUCAGGUGGAACCGGAUGAUCCUGUGUAAGAAGAAGCGUUUCCAGUGUGGCAAGUGUGAGAAGAGCUACUAUCUCAAAUGCAGCCUGAUCACUCACCACCAGGUUGUUCACACGGGGCAGCGGCCCUUUCCGUGCCCUGAAUGUGACAAGACCUUCCAGUGUAAAGCCACAUUGAAGAAGCAUCUGUGUUUGCACAAAAGGGAGAAACCAUUUUCCUGUGAGCAGUGUGGCAAGGGUUUCACCGAGCAAUGCAAGCUCACUGAGCACCUCAGGGUGCACACUGGGGAGAAGCCUUUCCAAUGUCCAGAGUGCAACAGAAGCUUCCGCCAGCAGAGGAGUUUGAAGGCCCAUCUUUGCCAACACAAUGAGAAGAAGCCCUUCCAUUGUCCAGAAUGUGGCAGAAGCUUCUCCCGGAAGGCUGCCGUGAAGGCCCACCAGAGGAUACACAGUGGAGAGAAGCCGUUUUCUUGUGACGAAUGUGGUAGGAAAUUCACACACAAGACGAAACUCACUGAACAUAUCAGAGUUCAUACGGGAGAGAAGCCCUUCCAGUGUCCCGAGUGUAAGAAAAGUUUCCGCCUAAAGAGGAGCCUAAAAGCCCAUCUGUUUCAGCACAGUGGGAAGAAACCCUUCCAGUGUCCAGAGUGUGACAGGAGCUUCUCUUGGAAGAAUGCCAUGAAGGCCCACCAGCGUUUACAUAGUGAGGAGAAGCCAUUCUCCUGUGGGGAGUGUGGCAAGAGGUUCACCCGGCCCUCUAAGCUCACUCGCCAUAGCAGAGUCCACAACAGGCAAAAGGAAUUCUCCUGUGACGAGUGCAAAAAGACCUUUCCUCGGCAGUCGAGGCUCACGGAGCACCUCAAGGUCCACACCAAAGAAAAGCCAUUCUCCUGUUCUGAGUGCAGCCGGAGCUUCAGCCGACACUCGCACCUCACUGAGCACAUGAGACUUCACAGUGGGGAGGAGCCUUUCCAGUGUCCUGAGUGUGACAAGAGCUUUUUCUGGAAGGCCUCCAUGAAAUUCCACCAGCGGAUACACAGGGGCGAGAAGCCCUUUGCAUGUGGCGAGUGUGGUAAGACCUAUACUCAGCAGUCUCAGCUCACUGAACAUAAGAGAAUCCACAGUGGAGAGAAACCCUUCCAGUGUCCCGAGUGCAAUAAAAGUUUCCGUCUCAAAGGAAAUUUGAAGAGCCACCUGCUCCAGCACAGUGACAAAAAGCCAUUCUCCUGUGUUAAAUGUGGCAAAAGUUUCACUCAGCAGUACAGGCUCACUGAACACGUUCGAGUCCACAGUGGUGAGAAGCCCUUCCAGUGUCCCGAGUGUGACAAGAGCUACUGCAUAAGGGGAAGUUUGAAGGUCCACUUGCAUACGCAUAGUGGAGAGAAGCCCUUCAGGUGCUCUGAAUGUGGCAAGGGGUUCCUCCAGAAGAGAAGUUUGAAGACCCAUCUGCACCAUCACAGAGGGGAGAGGCCUUUUUCUUGUGAUGAGUGUGGAAGGAGCUUUACGUACAUGGGGGCACUCAACACCCAUGUUGCGGUACAUGCCAGGGAAAAGCCCUUCAGUGUCUAGGUCAAGCCGCGCAGAAAGGAAGUGGCGACAGCUUUUAGGCGGAGCUAGCAGCUCUUGGAUCCAUGGCAUAAGCUGGAUAAGGAAUUCACAAAACGCUGACCUCAGAUACACUGGCCAGCUGCAGAGCAGGCAGGGCGGCAUGACGGCUCCUUCACGAAGAUUCCAAAUAAUCCAGACAUAAAAAAAGAGGCAUCUCCCCUCUGUAGUCCCCAUGGGCAAGGCCUGCCAGUCAUGGAAGGAACAUUUUCUUUCUGCUCCCUAUUACCAGGCCUCCUUAUUUAAAUUUGUAUUGAGAUUUUCAGUUUUCUCAUAGUGAAUUUUCAUUUUCUCUCACGUGGUGAGAGAGCAUCCGCGUCUCAGGAGGAUUUCUCUCUAUUGCCAAAAAUAAAUGUCAUCUACCAUCUCCUUUGUUAACAAUGGCGCACAUAAGUGUCAUUUCCCUCUGGAUUAAUUUAAAUCAUCUAAAAGCCCACCAUUGUGAGUAACAAGCAAUGACUUGUAUCUAACCUCUCUGCAUUUCAAUAGUGUAUGUCAAUUCUCCAAGAAACAUACUUGCCUUAAUAUUGGGGUCUCUUAGGUAAAUACCAAAGGAAAAAAUACUGCCAGUCCAAGACAUCACUGCAUUUUUUGUUCUGUGGCUUAAUCUAUCAUUAUAAGGUGAUUUUCCAGCCUGUUCUAGCAAACCUUAUCUGUCUCUUGGACUGUCAAUCUUUUAACAUCAUUCCUACAAAAACGUAUAGAUUUAGUUCCUUAGGGAAUCCUUGGGGUCUAUGUAAAUUUUCCAUUUUUGUAGUACAUGGUGCUCGUGGAUUACCUGAAUCAGCUGGAUCCAAGGGCACCCUACAAAUCAGUGUUUAUACAAAAAGGAUAAGUGCCACCUCUGGUAGGUGCAAGCCUCUCGGUGAGUCAGUGUGCCUUUGUGCAAAGAAAAAGACACUUUCCCUAACCUGUGCCGGGGUGCGUGUGGGCUGGAUGUCAACCUUGGCUGGCCUCUUCAGCAGCGUACCUCAGGACAAGUUAGUUAUACUAACUAGUUAUACUAAUUAAUCCCCAAAGCUGUAAAUCUGAUAACGAUCCUGGGUUUUCCUACACCCAACCUGUCUCCUAAAUUCCUCCCAAACGCCCUUCUUUAUCUCUACCAUCACCACUAACUUAAGCCAACUUCUAAAAAAUUUUAGUGUUUUUAUUAAUGGUUUUUUCCUGCAGUGCAUUCAUCACCCUUGUAACAGAUUGGUCUUCCUAAAAUGCAACUCUGUCAUUCUCAAAAAAUAUUUUUAGAAGUCUCCGAUUUUAUUAUAAAUGGAAACUCUAACAUGACGUUAGGAAAAAACCUCCGAGCUGACCCAGACCUGCCUUUUCAGCUUAAGCUUGUUACUUAUUCACCAUAUGAACCUGACUCUUACCAAAUGACUCUUAUCUUUCCCAAGUGCAUCAUAUUCUCAUGACUGCUCCCUUAUCUUCCUAACUCCUUGUUCCACCAUUCAGUCUCAACACCGGGAACAUUUGAGGUAUGUGCACAAUGUCAGCACAUCCUCUAAAUACCUUUCUCUGAUAGCACUCUUUGCAUUCAGCUGUAACCUGCUUGCUUCCCUCAUAGACUGAACCCCUGCCAGGACAGGGAUUUGAUCUUGCUUUUGCAUUUUCUCCAUCCAGAUCAAGCUGUUCUGUGGCUUAAUACUUGGAUCUGUGAUAUACCCACUAACACAGGGCGGGCUAGGGGUGAAGGAGCACUGAACUACAUAGGACUUGAUUAUGGACUUGAGGGUUCUAGGGAAUCAGGUAGACACAACUGCGAAACAGCUAGACAGGAAUAGUUGGAUGUGCACAUGUUCUCACAUAUACACAGAAACUCUACCCGCCCCCUUCUAAAUGAUCCUGUAGACUGUAAUUCCAAAACCCAUCGAGAUCUAAGUUUAAGUGAGCCAACAAAACAAAAUCAGAAGAUGAAUUCAUUCCAUAUAAAUUUAAAGAUUUUUAUUUAUUUGACAGAGAGACACAGUGAGAGCAGGAACACAAGCAGGGGGAGUGGGAGAGGGAGAAGCAGGCAUCCCCCCCGAGGAGGGAGCCUGAUGCGGGCUCGAUCCCAGGACCCUGGGAUCAUGACGUGAGCCGAAGGCAGACGCUUAAAGACUGAGCCACCCAGGCGCCCACUCCAUAUGAAUUUAAUAGAGACAGGGGCGCCUGGAUGGCUUAGUUGGUUAGGCGACUGCCUUCGGCUCAGGUCAUGAUCCUGGAGUGCCUGGAUCGAGUCCCACAUCGGGCUCCCUGCUCGGCAGGGAGUCUGCUUCUCCCUCUGACCUUCCCGACCCUCCCGACCCUCCCCCCUGUCAUGCUCUCUCUCUCUCAGUCUCUCUCUCUCAAAUAAAUAAAUAAAAUCUUAAAAUAAUAAUAAUAAUAAUAGAGACAUCUGGAAGAUAUCUUAAAAUCAGUACAUUUCAUUCACCAAAAUAUAAAUGAAUUCUAACAUUUAAAAAUACUAGGAAAUAAAAAAUGAAGAGAUAUACAAACAAGUGGAUAUGAAAAAGAACCUUGGAAAUGAGAAAAUAAAGUUACUGACUGAACUAACAUCCUGAAUAGAAUAAGCUUUAGGAAUCUACCCAGAAUGAAGUAGAGAGAUAAAUAUGAAUAAUAAAAGUACGAAAGCAGUGAGGAUACAUAGAGAAUUGAUUGAGAGCUUCUAAUAUAUAACUAACGGUUCCAGAAGGAAAAAAAUAAUAAAGGGAGUGUCUGAGGGUGCCUGGGUGGCUCAGUUGGUUAAGCGACUGCCUUCAGCUCAGGUUGUGAUCCUGGAGUCCCAGGAUUGAGUCCCACAUCGGGCUCCCUGCUCAGUGGGGAGUCUGCUUCUCCCUCUGACCCUCUCCCCUCUCAUGCUCUCACUCUCUCUCUCUCAAAUAAAUAAAUAAAAUCUUUAAAAAAAUAAAAUAAAGGGAGUGUAUGAGUAGCAAUACCUGAAAAUGGCUGAGAGGUUUCCAAAGUUCUCCAUUGAAAAGUGCACUUCCAUUACAUAGGAAGAUGGUAAAAAUUAGUCCACACCUAGCAAUGAUGGUGAAACUAGCUUCAAGAAUAAGGAGAAAAAUCGGGGCACCUGGAUGGCUCAGUCAAACAUCUGCCUUCGGCUUAAGUCAUGAUCUCAAGAUCCUGGGAUCGAGCCCCAUGUCAGGCUCCCUGCUCAGCGGGGAGUCUGCUCCUUCCCCCUGCUCAUGCUCUCUCUCUCUCUCUCUCUCAAAUAAAUAAAUCUUUAAAAAGAAUAAGGAGAAAAACAUGAAGGGCAUGGAGAAUGUGGGGGGAUUGUAGGUAUGUUUAUUAUCUUGAUUUUGAGGAUGGUUUUGUGAACUUAUACAUGUCAAAACUUAACAAAUUAUAAGUUUUAAAUAUAUACAGUUUAUGAUAUGUCAAUUGUACCUCAAUGAAGCUGUUAAAAUAAAUCAAGAUCAAUCACUAAUUCGUUAAUAUAUAGUUUCUAAAACAGCUGAAGAAAAAAGGAAUAAAAAUAAUAUCCAGGGUGAUUAAAAUAACUAGUUAAUUACAUAGAAGACUGUCAGAUAUUUUAAAACUUCAUACUUACUAUAUAAAGUUUACGGUAGAGAUGACUACAAACAGUAAAGAAUGAAAAUAAAAUGAUGGAAAAAGAUUUACUGAAUGAAGUAGUGAAACUACAAUGAGAAUGAGUUAGAGUUCAUGGCAAAGUCCAUAAAAGUCCACUAAGAUUUAAGAAUCAUGAACUUGUUUAAAAAGAAAAGGAAAAAAAAAACCACACGAACCUAACAAUGUGGAUUUGUAAUAUGAAAAGCAAAAGUUAUGGGGCACCUGGGUGGCUUAGUUGGUUAGGUGUCCGCCUUCAGCUCAGGUCAUGAUCCCAGGAUCCUGGGGUCAAGCCCCACCUCUGCUCAGAGGUGAAUCUGCUUCUCCCUCUCCCUCUGUGAGCUCUCUCACUUUCGCUCACUUUCAAAUAAAUAAAAUAUUAAAAAAAAGCAAAAGUUACAAAAUGACCAAAAUAAACAUACCAUAAUUUUAGUUUGAUAGCAUACCUUUCAUAAAUGUGUGCAUCAAGCAGACAAUAAACUUAGUAACCAUUAAUAAUCUGAUGUGAACAGCAAAAAAUUUACUAGUUUUGCCCAAUAGAAAGCCUUGUAUAGGAAAUAACAUUGGUUUUAAACACAGAGGACUUACAAAAAUUAACAAUGUAAUAGGUACAAUGAAGUCUCAGCAUAUUUUUAAAAGUCCAUUUCAUCGUGAUCAAAUUUCUCCUACCAUGAACUGUUAACUUAGGAAUAAGAAAGAAAACUUUAAACUAAAAACAAAAUUUCCUAGGCUUAGAAACUUUAAAAAUACACUCCUAAGGAACUCAUAGGUUAAAGAGGAAAUCACAGUGCAAUUGUAGAAUAAACAUUAGAAGUUAUAUAUUACCGUAUUUGUGAACUGAAGUUAGAAUGACAAAUCGUGCGUGUGUGUGUGUGUGUGUGUAUACAUACAUAUUGUAAAAUUUUUUGAAAACAGUUUCAUAGUCAAAACGCUAGGACAAAGGGAGUUCAAUGAACUCUGCCUCUGGAGAUAGCCAGCUAAUCCUUUCUCUGAUGCUCCUGUAGUGCUUCAUACUUUCCUCUGUUAAUAGUUUUAUUGAAUAUUGUUUUGACAUUGUUUUCUUACAAGCCUGUGUCCCUCCCCAUGAGAUGGCAAAACUCAGUGAUGACUUGAUUAAUUUAUUUACAUGUACCUUGCAAUCAAAGAUAUUCAGAAGGUGUGGGGCACCUGGGUGGCUCAGUUGGUUAAGUGUCUGUCUUCGGCUCGGGUCAUGAUCCCAGGGUCCUGGGAUUGAGCCCCACAUUGGGCUCCCUGCUCAGCGGGAAGCCUGCUUCUCCUUCUCCUACUCCCCCUGCUUGUGUUCCCUCUUGCUGUAUCUCUCUCUGUCAAAUGAAUAAAUUUUAAAAAAAGAUUCAGAAGGUGUAAAGAAUGUUCACCUGUGAGCCAUUGGCUCAGCUUGAGUAGUAAGUCAUUCAUUAGUAGUACAGAUCUGUGACUUACAGUGGGGUUACGUCCCAGUAAACCCAUCGUAAGUUGAAAAUACCAUUUAAAACACCUAAACCGGGGCGCCUGGGUGACUCAGUCGGUUAAGCGUCUGCCUUCGGCUCAGGUCAUGGUCCCAGGGUCCUGGGAUCGAGCCCCACAUCGGGCUCCUAGCUUGGUGGGGAGCCUGCUUCUCCCUCUCCUUCCUCUGCCUGCCACUCCCCCUGCUUAUGCACACUCUCUCUCUCUCUCUGUCAAAUAAAUAAAAUCUUUUUGAAAAAAAGUAAAAUAAAACACCUAAACCUACUGAGCAUCAUAGCUUAACCCAGCCUACCUUGAAUGUGUUCAAAGCGCUUACAUUAACCUACAGUUGGGCAAAACACCGAACACAAAGUCUAUUUUAUAAUAAAGUGUUGACUGUCUCAUGUAAUGUAUUGAAUAUUGUACUGAAAUUGACAAACAAUGGCUCUGUGAGUGCUGAUGGUUGUAAGCCUAUCGGGUUUUGCCCCUUGUGAUCGCAUGGCUGAUUGGGAACUGCAGCUGCCCAGCAUCACGAGAGAGGAUCCUCCAGCAUUCACCAGCCCAGGAAAAGAUCAAAAUUCAAAAUAUAGUUUCUACCAAAUGCACAUUGCUUUCACACCAUUGUAAAGCUGAGAAAUCAUAAGUGGUAGCAUCACAAAUCGGGAACCAUCUGUACUGGUUUCAGUCCUCUCCUCACCACCUCUUCCCCAUUCCACCUCCCAGAGAUAACUGCUAUCCCAUUGAGUAUUCCUCUACAUGUCUGUAUGCUUUUCCUACAUAUGUAAUAUUCCUAAACAUAGUGCUAUUUUAUAUGUUCUAAAGUUUCUGUAAGAGGUACCAUACUGUAUGUAAUCUGCAACAUGCCUUUUCACUCAACAUUGUGUUGAUGCUAUUCAUGUGUGCUGUUUUUAGCUACAGUUCAUUAGUUUUUGCUGCUAGUUUUCAAUGUAUGGGGAAAAAAACCCCACAAGAUACCCAUCCUCUGGGUGACAGACAUUUAAAUUGCUUACCUGUUUUUGCUCUUAAAACAAUGCUGCUAUAGAGAUUCUUAAGUAUGGCUCCCAUGUAAAUGUGCAAAACUAGCAGCAAGGUAAGACUUGCUGGGUGAUAGGAUAUGCACAUCUUUUUAAGCAGAUACUGCAUUUCCCUGACUAACAAGAUGGAACAUUUUUGUGUGUUUAUUGCCUAUUCAUUUUUUUCCUCUUUCUGUGAAUUUACUGUUCAUAAUUUUGCACAUUUUCCUCCUGGCUAGUCUUUUGAUUUUUAGAAGUUAUUUAUAUUCUCUGGAUGCUUUUGCUUGUUGGAAAUAUCUUUUCCCACUCUGACCUAAUUUUGGCUAUGCUAUCGUGUUUUUUGAUGUACAAAAAUGUUUUAAAUCUUAAUCUAAUUUAAUGUAUUGGUCUAUCCUUAGCACUUUUAAGACUAUGUAUAUGAAAAUAUUCAAGCAGCAUUAUUUAUGGCCACAUUUUUUUAACUGCUCCUAAAUAUUUCAUACUACCCUACCUUCUAUGGGCUGAAAUGUAUUCUCCCAACAUUCGUAUGUUGAAGUUCUAACCCCCAGUACGUCAGAACAGAACUAUAUUUGGACAUAGGGCCUUUAAAGAGGCAAUUUAGGUAAAAUGAGGUCAUUAUGGGUGGGCCCUAGUCCAAUGUCAAGAGAUUAGGACACAAAACAUCUAGCCUGAGGAACAACCUUGGAGGACAGAGGAAGGAGGUGCCCAUCUGCAAACCAAGGAGUUCUCAGAGGAAAGCAACACUGCUGACACCUUGAUCUCAGACUUCUGGCCUCCAGAACUGUGAGAAAGUUAAUUUCUUUAACCUACCCAGUCUGUGGUACUUUGUUAUGGCAACCCUAGCAGAUUAAUACAUUGCCUUGAAUUACAUCCAUUUAUGAGUAUAAUUAUAAAAUUAUGAGAAACAUGGAAAACUUUGAUGUGGUAAGUGAAACAAGAAAAAAUGGUGUGUGUCUCAGAACCAUAUAAAGAGUACAUGUCUGUGGACAGAGUGGAAAUUUAUAUGAAGAAAUAGAGCAUUUACAUGAGAGUACCAGAAUUAUAAACAACUUUUACUUUUUAAAUUUGCUUUAUUGUUAAAUUUCAUACUUUUCGAUUUUUUUUUUUUUAAACCUUUAAGGUGGGUAUAGCAAUUACAUAUAUCUCAGCACUUCAACCACCCUGGGUGAUUAAAAGUGAAAAACGGGGGUGCCUGGGUGGCUCAGUCGUUAAGCGUCUGCCUUCGGCUCAGGUCAUGAUCCCAGAGUCCUGGGAUCGAGUCCCACAUCGGGCUCCCUCUUCCGAGGGAAGCCUGCUUCUCCCUCCCACUCCCGCUUCUUGUGUUCCUGCUCUCGCUAUCUCUGUCUCUGUCAAAUGAAUAAAUAAAAUCUUAAAAAAAAAAAAAAUAA